UCUAGUCUCUACAGCAUUUUUGAAGGAUGAACAAUGUACAAGUUUUUCUACAAGGACGCAGAUGAGGAUGCGCUUCGUUGUUAUGGUGAUGCUGUUGCCAGCGCUAAUGAGGGCAGGAUCAGAAUGCAGGUCCAGCUGUCGGCUUUCCAAUAUCUCCAUUAACGUGGAAAGUGAGGAAUGUGGCAGCUGCAUCACAAUCGACACCACUGCCUGUGCCGGGCUUUGCAAAACACAGGAAAGAGUUUACCGUAGCCCCAUGAUACAGUACUACCAGAACAUCUGUAACUUCAGAGAAUGGACCUACGAGACCUACGAGUUUAAAGGCUGUCCUGCCGGGGCUGACUCGGUUUUCACUUACCCUGUGGCCCUCAGCUGUGACUGCAGCAAAUGUAACUCUGACGUCACAGACUGUGGAGUUCUCAGCCAGCAGACGUCCAGGUGCACUGCACAUUAGACAAGGAAACCAAACCAUUUGAAAGCCUGUUGUACAAGUUUGAAUAUUCAGUUUUUCAUAAUCAAAUGUAAAUUGCAUAAUGGAUAAAACAAAAAUUAAACAUU